ACUAGCUUGUUAGGCAACAGUUGAACACAAACUGUUAGGAGCCUUUUCAGUCUCGAUAGGUCAGCUGGAGCGCUAUCAGUACUCCUAGUGCGUGGUGACACGUUGUGCGGUUUGCUUGGUCUUCGAUCGAUGGUGUAUCGUCAGAUUGAGGAAGGUUCCAAGGCAGUAUUCGACACUAGAUCGUUAGCAUUCUUACAGAGCUCUAACAAAGCAGGGAGUGUGCGCGCAACACCUGGUGUGUGGAAGAACAUCCCAUCCAGCUUACUGAGAGACCAAAACCAUCGACGAAUAUCCCACCUUAAACACGACUGGUUGUGUGCGAUACCAGCUGUACCAAGCCCACGGGCGACACACCAGUAUCCUACUAUUCCUAGCCUGGGAUCGGGGCACAAAGCCGCGACGGCGACGUUACACGAAACGUGGAAAGUUUUCACUCGAGUGUGGCCCGCGUUGCUAAUAAGGCAACGUCGGGUGUCCUGCGGCGCUCCCCGUUGGAAGAAAGCGGAAGAUCCCGCCGCAGACCUUUCCUGCUUCUCUCCCUGGCAUAGAUCUUGAUCACGCUGUACGCUGUGCAUUGGUGUCUAGCGUGACUAGGUCAACCGUCAACCGUUUUCAGUGAGAUUGCUAUGCAGUAUGUAAAGCUGUAGCGCUGUAUAUUUCAUUAGGCUAGUUCUCCAGCAGUGCCCAGGACUGGCAAGCCUGGCAAGACAGUAGUCCUGUGGAAACUGAGUAUCCUUGUCAGGAGACGACCCAGCUGCUGCUGAGCCUGAAGUAGUAAUAGUAGGUAGCAAGAAACAAGCAAGGGUGUUUGCCAAGCAAGACUCCAUCAGCAGGAACUCCGUGUAACAGCAAUGGAGGCACCAUGCGGUGGUCUACACUCGUUUCUGGCCAGGGUGGUGUGCUGGUUGUCUGCGAGUUGUAUAAUGGCGUGUGUAGGACAGAUUGCCGACAAUGAACGCAUUCUUCAAACCAAACGACCUCCGUCUCAGACAGAUGUGGUAGAUUCCUUAUUCCACGACCAUGCCCAGUCUCUGUUGGACCCUGUAACUGGUGAAGGUAAGGGCCAUAACGGAGAUCUAUCGGUGACUUUACCACCACGUCCACUGGACUACGUCAGGUUCGGCCAGGGUCACGGUGCGAGACCAACCUUUGACUAUGGACAUAUGGGAGGAAUGAUCGGAGUAGGGUAUCAACAAGGGGAGCUCAACUUACUACCUGCUGAGGGUAAUGCAGCAGCAACAGCUGAGACGAAAAGAAUGGGUAACAACCAACCAAGACUUCCUCCAAUGGAGUCUAUAGCUGCGGGAGAUGCCAACGGACAAGGUAGUGCAGGUAGUAGUAGUAGUAGUCAUCGAGCCAUCAACACUAUUCUCAACAGUGGAGCCAAUCAUGGUACCAUACCGGGAUUAAUACAGGAACAAUGGAGUCGUGGUGGCAGACUGAACCUGACAUGCCAGCACGUCCUAUGGCCAACGCAUCUUCUGGAGUUGUGUGACUUCGACCCGUUGUAUCGCAUCGUGGGUCAACGUCAACCCAGUGUGCAAGAGUUGCUCAAACUUACACGUCAUUACGCAAUGAUUUACGCCCAGAUACGCUCUCAGACGACUGAACUCUGCGCCGACGCUGCCGUCGAGCAUAUCUGCCAUCAGCAAGUACCGCGCUGCGAGCAGAGUGCUGUGAAUUCCGUCACCGGCAUGGCCGUCUGGAGUAUAGAGGGUGUGAACACGCAGUGUUUCAACGUCCACCGAUACUGCCACUCUCCGCAAUCCAGGAGAGUUCUCAGCGAGAUGAAGAUCUGUACCGGUGGUGGUGACGUCAUUACGGGACGGUAUGAGCUCAAUACGUGCAAGCCCAUAGCAAAUUCUGCAAUGGGUGCUAGAAGAUCGCGCAUGCCUGGAGGCGUGGGAGGUGCAUUUCGACCCGGCUUUGGUCAGCAGGCGAGAACUACUUGCACUUCCAGCGUUGCACCAGGUAUACGGGUGCCCGACUUUCAGAUACCGUUCUUCCAGAUUCAUCGCCAAAUGAAUGCACAGCUCAUGCAAUUGCAGCGAGCAGCGGCACAGGGUGCUUUGCCACGGGUUUGUCGGCAACUUGUCCAGCAGUUUACCUGUACACCUGAACAACAGUGCAGUGCGGAUGGCAGACGGAUGGUCUCCGGGAGAAGCAAAGAACAAUGUAUGGCGGUGAAGACGUGCUUACAGCAGUCUAUGUUUCAUUUCGCAAUCGACUGUGGAUCACUUCCAAGUAAACAAAGUGUGGCUGAACUCGACUUGAGGCCGUCCAGACACGGUUCAGCUAUUGGCAUGAAGAAAGUGAAAGGUCCGCGGGGAUUCUUCUUCUCCUCGGCGCCCAGACAUGCACUUGAUUACCCGUUACCUGUCCUUGCCGUGGCGUUUGUGCUGUCCUUCCUUGCCACAUGAUGCAUUCCACCGCCGUAUGCCUGCUCUCCUGAUGUCCGGCCUGGAGUGGAUCAAUUGCAGACAGGAGCUUUGUGAUAGUGCUCGAAGGGUAUACGAUUAUAGCUCAAAGCUCUCAACCCGUGUCGUGUCCACACCACUACAAACACAAGUACCUUGCGUAUGGUGUAGGACAUUCCUCUCGGAAAGCAUUCUAUAAUCCAUCACGGCAUUUGGUGAUGGGCAGGUUGCCGCUGGUGCUGGCAAUCCAGACUGUGGCAAUCGUUCAGCACGAAAACCAUGAAUUCGUCUAAGUGUAUGAAUGCAUGCGUUGGUGGCAAUAUUUUGGGACAUUGAUUGUUCGUGGACAUAAUAGGCAGCGGCCAAAAUGUGUGUAUGCAUGACUGUGCGUUGGUUUGGUAUGCUCCUCUGGCCUCUUCCCAGUAUUACUUCCUGCCAGUUUCCAGAGAGGAUCCGCUUGAAUUGAAAUUAUUGCGUAUCUUGCGUGUCAGCCAUUUUCUGACUUUGAUCGGACCGAUAUUCUACCCACACUUUAGCACUCUGUCAUUUGUGUAUUACAAUUUGUACGCCUUGAAGUCUGAAUUGCCAUCAAAGGCAGUACCUAUUCAGUGAAUGGGAAAUCUGCAUACUAGUACUCUACACUGCAUUGUAACGAAAAGGAGAGAGCAGUGUUCAAUGUACAUGUAAUUGCUCUGGAGCCAAUUUUGGAUAGGGCUUGCGUAAACUUUAACACUCCUCGCAGACAGUUUAAUUGUGCAUAACAAAACCAAUGUGACGCAUGCUGUAAUAAGGACUUCAGUCUUCUUGAGAAAUGCAUGUACAUGUAUGAAUACCAGUCUUGUAUAAUGCCUUCUUUUAACUUUCAACAAUACAGUCAUGCACAUGUAUGUAUGUACAUGUAUGUAUGUAUGUAUGUAUGUAUGUAUGUACAUGUAUGUAUGUAAUUUCAAUUGAGCAACACUAA